CCUUAAAUUAGAGCGAGUAAAUGAAGACUCCACACACCACUUCUGAAAGGUUGCCGACCCCUGGGCUAGACUGUAGUGUAGUCUCAAACAUGUCCUGGCUUGGGACGUAGCUGGAUGCCUCCAUGCCACAUUGCAGAUCCCUCUCCAUACUCCUCCUGCUUGCUGUUAGCACCAGGUGUCUCUAUUGGGCUCCUCCGAGAUAUUAGCAGUGCUGUGCAAGGUGCUGGUGGGGUCUCGACUAAGUAUGGCAAGCAGCUAGUUCUAAAAGCAAGUUUGCGGCUAGGCACUAGAUUAACUGUUGGCCUUCCUGGCCUUGUGGGAUGCCUGCCACAGUUCUUUCAUUUUCAUGUGGUACUGUUGCUGAUCCCUGUUGUUUCCCUUUGCCUGCCUCCCCUAUUCAGUUUUUCAUAGAUGACCACGUUUCUACACCUGCUCUGUGGCUAUGGCUGCACAGCCUCUCUUCCUCAGGCCAUAGUACCUCCAGACAGGAGUGUCUAGAAUGUGUAAGUGGUAUGACCAGCUGAGCAGUUGCACACAACAAGGGAGAGCUGCUAGCUGGACAGUUGGGAAAAGGCAUUUCAAAAAUAAACAUUUGAGGAGUGGGUUCUGGUCUCCAUGACCCGUGGGCAGUGGAGUUCACAAUUGUGACCAGAGCAGUCACUGUCGGGCAUUGUGAGACUGGAGGCCUGUAAAGGUCAACAUAGGUCAUGCAGUGUCUACACUUGUUCUGUGUCAAUCUCAGUAUGUUGGCCAUGGCUCAGUGCCAUUCAGGGAGGUGGUGUUACUGUGUCGCUGUAACAGUGUGUUUAUGGUGUCUGGAGAUAAAUUUGAGUGCAGACACAUGCACUUUUAGGAUCAUAUAAGGUGACUUAUGUCAGCCUAACUUUCUAGUGAAGACCAGCCCCAAAUGUCAAAAAAAUCAUUGAAAAGCAGAGCCUGGUACAGUAUACUCCCAAGAUAAUCCUUACCAAAUUGAAUUUGGAUUUUCUUCCUAAUAUUUCAGCUUGUAAUACUUCAGAACCCUUGCCUUCAGUUGCUUAUCUCUAGUCCUUUAAGAACAGGGGAGUAUAACAAUUAAGUGUUACAUCUCCAUUUUUUUCUCAGAAUUAUGCUGUUAGUAUUAGCUUAACAUAGACACAGGUUUACUAAAAAUAUUGACAGCUCAGUGAGAGAGAGAUUUAUUUCCAUCCACCAUCACUAUCCCUUUGAGAGUUCUUUACUAACAAAUUCUUGGUCAGGAAUGACAAAAAUGGUUGAAAUUUUAAGGAAGAAACUUAAUACACCUUUCUUUUAGGAUAAUCAUUUAUACUUUAUUUUCUUCAUUAAUUUAAUAAGUAUUGUUAAAACUUUCCUUAAAAUUAAGCUAUAUUUAAGUAUUUUAGAAGUCAGAGUUGAAUGCUAUAUCCAGUUUAACACGUUUCAACUACUUUUUUUCCCCUCUAGGUUUUUGUAUUUACAGAAUAGUAACUUUGUAGGAUGUCAGGGAAUGAUUUGGGUGUGAAUGUUUACAAGAUAAACCGACGAUUUCAUAUAAAAAGCAAGGAGAUCAAAGCUCCAAACGAAUCCUUAAGAAGCCCUCACACCUACCCCAACUUCUGGGUGAAAAGCCCUGCACUUGGAGGUAGAACUUCUGAAUUAUCCAACAAAAACUUCUUAUUUUGUGAGCAAACUAAACGGUUCUUUAAUAGUCGUGAGAAUGGUUUAAGAGAUGCUAGCUCUCAUUGCAAGAGUGGAGUGGCAAAUGACUUUAACAAGGAAGAGUUUGGAUCAAAGAUGAGCAAGGGAACACUAACAGGAAAGUCAGUGGAAAGCAUAAGCGAUAGAAGUAGUUUGCUGUUAACACCUUCAGCUAAGGAGGAAAAUGCUGUUGCUGGUCCAAAUUUAACCCAGAGCUCCAGUUCUGACUUGCUUCACACAAAGCAGAAAAAGAUACAGAAUUCCCCUGAGAAUAUUUUAUCUAUAAGCUACGAUUCAAAACUGUUUAAUUCGUUAAUGCCAACCCCUCGGAUGACUACUUGCCAUCAUUGUGGUCUGUAUGGAGACCUGAGAUGUUCUCAAUGUAAACAGACAUAUUAUUGCUCUACAGACUGCCAGAAGAAAGAUUGGUCUGUACAUGGUAUUGUAUGCAAGCCAAUUAAACAAAAUUUAAAGAGAAGUGAAGAUAAUGCCAAGUUGCCUGGUGAAAUUAAGAAUAACGUUGAUUUUAAGGGCAGUGUGACACCUGUUGAUGCACACAAGAUAGAAGAUGACAUCAAGAAAAUAAUGCUUUCUGACCUGCCAAAUCUAGGACUCAAAAAAGAUAUGAAAAUACAGGGUACAGUCACAGAAUUCAGGAACCCAGGUGAAUUUUACGUACAGGUCUAUUCUUCAGAAGUUUUAGAACGUAUCAGCAAACUUACUGUGAAACUGAAAGAUUGUUAUGCAAAUAUUGUUAACCAAGAGGAAUAUAUUCCUAUCAAAGGGGAAGUUUGUGUUGCAAAAUAUUCUCUGGAUCAGACCUGGAACAGAGUACUGGUAAAAAAGGUGGAUAUCUUGCAGAAGAAAGCACAAGUGUUAUAUAUCGAUUAUGGCAAUGGAGAAAAUGCUCCACUAGAUUGGAUUAAACCACUCCACAAAGACAUUGAACUGUUUCCUCCCUGUGCCAUUAAGUGUUGUGUUGCUAAUGUUGCUCCAAAACAAGGAGGAUGGAACAAAGAUUAUGUUAGCAUUAUUACCCCUCUGCUCAUGGGACAGUGCUGUUCGAUGACUAUUGUUGACCUAUUACAGGAGGAGAUGACGACUUGUUUCGCUGUAGAUGUUGUCCUGCCAGGUUCUGGGAAAUACCUAGAUAAAAUACUUCUCGAAAUGGGGCAUGAAUUGAGUCCAAAGAGGAAAGAAACUAAGAAAAUUAACCCAGAUACAGUAUCCUUAAAUCCACAGACAAGGCAAAAUAUUGUAAAGGCCAUAAAUCAUCUUCUGCAGAUUGGCAAGAUAAUUACCAAGGUGGAGAUGUUCUCUGAACACUACUCAGUCUUGGUUUUGUAUCCAGGAGAUCCAAGAAGGACAGAGUAUUGUUGGACUAAAACUGAACAAGUCCAUAAGAAGGGCCAGAAUCAAGAUGGAGAUCUGAAAGUCCAUAGUGGUGGCGAUCUGACAGAGGGAUUACCUUACAGCAAUCAGUUUGAAGGAGGCCUAACUUCAUAUGCAAGUUCACCAAUCUUGGACCUGAUAGUUAGACUUUUGUCAUCUCCAGAGAUUCAAGAUGAAGGUGCCAUGAUUAGUCAUUUAGCUGGUGCUCUGAAGAAAUUCUUGGAUUUCAUAGAUCUUGUCCGUAGCACAAAAAUACCUGAUUCUACUGGAAACAUUAUUUUCCAAAAACAUUUAUUGUCAACAGACCAGCUUGCUGAACUUCAAGUAUCCUUGGGUGAAUACUGUAACAAAAUCCCUACUAUCCCAAAUUUCUGUCCAGCUGUUGGAGAUGUCUGUUGUGCCCAGUUUACAGAAGACAAUCAGUGGUAUCGUGCCUCUGUUCUAGCAUAUACUUCUGAAGAUACUGCUUUAGUGGGCUACAUAGAUUAUGGUAACUUUGAAGUUCUCCACGUGGCUAGACUUCGCCCUAUGAUUCCAAAAUUAUUGGAGUUGCCAGUGCAAGCUAUAAAGUGUACAUUAGCAGGUGUGAAACCCCUUUCAGGAACCUGGUCUUCGGAAGCUAUUGCUCUGAUGAAACAACUAUUGCAAAAUAAAAUGAUCACUAUAAGAGUGGUGGACAAAAAGGAGAAUAGCUCUGUGGUAGAGAUUGCAGAUGAAUCUGUUACUCCAAUAAUAAGUGUAUCUAAACAUCUUUUAGAAUCAGGCCAUGCAGUGAAAGAUUCCAAGGAUGUCUUGACAAUAAAUGAAACUGUUAACACUGUGAAAGAAGGAAAUGCUGUAGGAGAAACAAUAAAUAAAAUAGAUUGGACAUGGGUUAAGCUAACUCUUAAACAGACAUUAAAUGUCUUGCUGUGUACAGUGAACAAUCCUGGAGAGUUCUUCUGUCAGAUCUUAGAUGAUGACUUACUUGCUCUAAAUGUACUCAACAAGUCAUUGUCAGAAUACUGCCAGCAGACGUCUACUAGUGUUUUCAAGCCUUCAGAGGGAGAACCUUGCUGUGCUUUUUUCUCUGGUGAUGGCAAUUGGUACCGUGCUUUGGUCAUAGAAGUCUCUUCAGAUGGAGCUAUUAAAGUGCAAUUUGUGGAUUAUGGAAAUGUUGAGACAGUAACUCCAGAUAAACUUCGACAGAUCUCAUCAACGUUGCUAAAACUUCCAUUUCAAGGAAUUAAGUGCUGGUUAUCAGGUGUAAAACCUGUUAACAAGAAAUGGGUCCCAGAAGCCACAGCAAGAUUUCGGAUGUGCACUGCAGGAAUUAAACUUCAAGCCAGAGUAGUUUCUGUCAACAAAAGUGGUGCUGGAAUAGAGCUCAUUGAUAAUUCCACAGGUUGUCCAAGAAUAAUCAGUGAAAUUUUAAUUAGUGAAAAAUUGGCUUUAAAGGAAGGUCUGCCAAAUAAAGAUGGGCUACCAAAUACGUCUGCUGAGAAAAUAGAGCCUCAAGAAACCUCUUCUGAGCAGUGGCAGACAAUAGAAUUGCCUGUCAAUGAAACUGUAUCGGUCCGUGUAAUGGAAGUGAUAAGUCCAGACUUGUUUUAUGCUCUACCAAGUGAAACCAGAGUAGAUCAAGAGAAGUUGUGUAGGUUGAUGACUGAACUGGUAGAAUAUUGCAACACUCAAAACAAUCACUCCUUCAGACCAAAAGUCGGUGAAGCCUGUUGUGCCAAGUUUGCAGGUGAGAGAGAAUUCUUGCUAAUUUUUAAAAAAAGAGAAGUGAUCUGAAUUUCUGAAUUGCAAAACUUGGGCAUGUUAUAAAGGAUAGAUGGCAAAGUCCAAACC